CCCCCCUACACCCCGCGCGGUGGGUUGGAAGCUCCUCCGGGCUCCCUCGUGCUCCGAAGCGGGGAAGCGGCGGUGCGAAAAAGGGCACCAUGAUGCUGGGACAAGAACAGGACCCCGGAGGAGAGAGCCAGCCCCCCCUAACACCCGUGCUCUUCUCCAGAAGCACAAGUACUCAGCAGGAAGUGAAGGUGGAAAAUCAAGAGGAUUUGGGUGAAAUCUGGGAGACUCAGUGGCAGGAGUUCCUGACCACAGUGGAAGUCCCCCAGACCCUUCCGGAGCCUUCCCCGUGGGAGGAUGCUCACAUCUUCCUAGCCUCCUUUGAGCAAGUCGCCAGAGCUUUCCAGUGGCCCAAGGAAGAAUGGGCGGCCCGUCUCCGGCCCACCUUGGGAGGGGAUGCCGAGCAAGCCUACAGCAGCCUGGAGGCGGGGGAGAGAGAGGAUUAUGGGAAAAUGAAGGCGGCCAUCUUGCAUGCCGAUGCGAUGAGCCGGGAGAAGCAACGGCAGCACUUCCGGUGUUUCUGCUACCAAGAGGCCGAAGGGCCGAGGCAGGUGUACGAUCAGUUGCAGAGCCUUUGCCAUCAGUGGCUGAAAGUGGAGAGGCAUUCAAAGGAACAGAUUCUGGAAAUGCUGAUUCUGGAGCAGUUCCUGGCCAUCCUCCCGCCGGAGAUGCAGAGCUGGGUCAAGAGACAUAACGCGGAGAGCAGCGCUCAAGUCAUAUCUCUGGCCGAGGAUUUCUUGCUCAGGCAGAGGGUGCCGGGGAUAACGGAACAAGAGGUAUGUGUGUGGAACUCUUUUUCUUUUCUUUGUUUUACUUUGGAGUAACACCGCUCCCACUGCUGCCACGUCACUGGCAUCCGCUUUGAACGACAAAAGUUUUCGGGGUCAAGGAUGCUUCAGCACUGGUGUGUCUUUU